AUGGCUAGCCGAAGCGUUCCACGGUUGCCCGGUAAAGAGAGGGAUAAACAAAGUAUCUCACGUGCAGUGGUUGCGGAGUUGAUCCAGGCAAUCAAGUUCAAAUGCCCAAUGCACGAGGCAAAUUUCAUGACGAUUGCCAACCUGAUUCUCCAAGAUGCUGGAGAAGAUCUCCAUGUUCUGGCAAAAUUAAAGAAAGAGACGAAUUCUGAUGCUACUGGCGGAGAUCUGAAAGUGAAGCUGGCUGAAGCAAUAGCCGUAGAAAUGAGUAGAUCGAAUACUCGCGACUGUCGAACAGUUAUUCGAUUUAUUCCGUGGCUAAUGAGCCCACCAAGUGUAACCCAAGCAGCUCCGGGAGCAUUUGCUGAUUCUGUGACUAAUGUGCGGGUGCUUUCGUGGCUACUACUCGGAGCUCUUCAUGCAAAUCAUGGAUGUUUGCCGGUUCCAAUAGAGUGUAGCCAACAUAUGGCCGACUACAUCCACUUCGUCCUCGCUGGUUUUGCUGAUCAAUCAAAGGUUGCUUAA